GUGAGAAUAUGGGAAAUCCCCGAUGGUGGUCUGAAACGGAAUAUGACGGAAUCUGUUCUCGAACUGUAUGGACACAGUCGGAGAGUUGGCCUUAUUGAGUGGCACCCCACAACCAAUAACAUUCUGUUCAGUGCAGGCUACGAUUACAAGAUACUGAUCUGGAACCUAGACAUUGGCGAGCCUGUGAAGAUGAUAGACUGUCAUACAGAUGUCAUCCUCUGCAUGUCCUUUAAUACUGACGGAAGCCUGUUUGCUACUACCUGCAAGGACAAGAAGCUGAGAGUGAUCGAACCCCGGUCGGGUAAAGUACUACAG